AUGUCUGCCUUCGAAGAAUUCGGGAUUUGUCCAGAGCUCAUCACUUCCUGUGAAGAGAACGAGUGGAACAUUCCGACGGCGGUUCAAGCCGAAGCGAUGCCGUUAAUUUUGACCGGCGGCGACGUCUUGGUGGCUUCGGAAACCGGGAGCGGCAAGACUGGCGCGUUUGGAUUACCGGUUUUACAAAUCGUCCACGAAGUUCUCGUCGAGCGCAUGAAGAACGAAGUAGUGCGUGGAAAUCAUGGUGGUGGGAACGCCGGUGCGGAAGCACUAACGAAGCAGACAAAAACGACGAAGAAGCAAAAGGUGGCAAAAACAAACGAAGAAGGAACGAAAAAGAUACCGCGAUUAUCGAGCACAGAUCGAAACGCACUUUUUGCUAUAGACGAAGAAACCUCAAAUGGACUUAAAGCCGAAUGCAGGGCAAAGCAUGCGUGGGCAGGCGCGAGAUGUACAACGGGGUAUUGCACUUCUGGGAACAACAACAACGACGACAACAAAAAGAAGCACGCCAAAGUAGGAUACGAGUGUUCCGUCUUGGACGACGGUUUAGUCAGGCUUGGAUUUAGCUUUGUCAAUGCCUCUUUGGAUGGAUUAGGAACAGACGCGUCCUCGUGGGGUUACGGAGGAACUGGUAAGAAGUCCCACGGUAAGAAAUUUGAAGAUUACGGAACAAAGUUUGGAAAAGGCGACGUCGUCACGUGCAUGUUGAACUUGGAAACCAUGGAAAUUUCAUACGCGCUCAAUGGAACAGAAUUUCCGAAACAGAGCGCCGUUGCGUUCAAACUUAAGAGAAACUCCAAAGAUGGACAGGACGUAUACUUUCCUGCAAUAUGUGUGAAAGACGCUGAAGUGGAAAUGAAUUUUGGGAGCACGCCGUUGAAAUUCCCUGACCUUUUGAAAAGAAACGGUUUCGUAUCGUGCGCCGAAUGCGAGGAGCAAAACAUCAAAUCAUUCGUAGAAGCGUCGCAGAACAACAAUAGCAAUACUAGUAAAGGCGAUGGAUCAAUGGCAAAUAAAAAACCACUCGCGAUAAUUCUGGAACCGGUGAGAGAUUUGGCGGAACAAACGCAAGAUGUUUUGAUCUCCUUCAAGAAAUAUUUGAAAAAUCCUGAAAUCGAGUGCGCUUUAUUUACCGGCGGUGGCGUCGACGAUAAAAAACAAAGAAAGUGGCUCGCCGAAGGCUGCGAUAUCAUCACAGGCACGCCGAGUAAAAUCGUCGAUCUCGUCGAAAAAGGGGUCAUCGACGUUUCGAACGUCAAAUUCUUCAUUCUUGAUGAAGCUGAUCGCUUGGUUAGCAUGGGAAAUCAGUCAGCAAUUCUAAAACUCGCCGAGCAAUUACAAAAAUUCAACGGGAAUGAUGUUGGUAUCGAUCGAUUGCAGACGCUCAUGUUUUCUGCAACUUUGCAUUCACCGGAGAUAACGCGUCUCGCUGGUAAGCUUUGCGUAAAUCCAACUUGGGUCGAUUUAAAAGGGAGAGACGCCGUCAUCCCGGAUUCCGUGCACCACGCGUGCGUUCGCAUAGAUCCGACAAACCACGAUGAAAAUGAGAACAUUAGAGGUUUGAAAGAGUUCAUCUCAACCGAUGGAGUACACGUGUUUGAUAGCGAUAGUAACGACACGAAAUCAAAGUUAUCCGAAGCUAUCAAAAUGCUCAAACCUCGCGUCUUGAAAGAGUUGAUUGAUACGCAUUCCAUCACAAAGUGCAUGAUUUUUUGUCGAACAAACUUCGAUUGCGAUAAUCUUGCCAACUUUUUUCAUAAGUGUGGAUACGAUAAAUCGGCUAAUUUGCAAACUUCGGCGUAUUCCUGCGCAGUAUUGGGUGGCGCAAAAUCCAUGGAUGAACGCAGAGCAAAUUUAUCAGCUUUUAAAGCUGGAGAAAUCAAAUUUCUCAUUUGUACUGAUGUUGCGGCUCGAGGUUUAGACAUCUCAGGUCUCCCGUUCGUGAUCAAUAUGACUUUACCAGAUCGGAGUGAAGAUUACGUGCACAGAAUUGGUCGUGUCGGUCGUGCCGACUCCAUGGGAUUGGCAAUCUCGUUGGUCGCCGCGAAUUGCGAAGAAAAGGUGUGGUUUUGCACGAAGAAAGGGUAUAAGCCAUGGCUUAAUCCGACGAAAAACGACGUGAAACCCAACAAACAAGGCGGUCACACGACGUGGCUGGAUGAAUCGCACGCGCUCACGGAGAUUGAGCGAAAACUUGGGAACUCGACGGUUGAGUCUCUCGGUGAGAAUUACGCAAUACCGGAUCACUUUGGAACUAUGGAGCAAUACGGCAAGACUAAAAAAAUCACCGUAACAAUAGAUGAGGAACAGAUACGAAGAUUAGAAAUGUAUGCGCCCAAUGUGCGCGCUUUGGCCGAUUUAGAAGCUGAAGUUUCGUUGAGCUAUUGGACGCUGAAAAGAAAGUUCAAUCAAAUGACGUGA